ACACAUAAACCAAAGCAUUUACAUCAAAAACAUUUCAUACUGUUCUCUCUCUCUCUCUCAAAGAAUGGCUUCGAUCGUUUUCUUGAUUCUAGCCAUUGUGUUGUGGUCCAGAACUUCAGAAGCCACAUCUCGUGGGGGACUCUUUGAGGCUUCUGCUAUAGACAAACAUGAGCAAUGGAUGGCUCGGUUCCAUCGCGUUUACUCCGACGAUUCUGAGAAAACGCGUAGGUUCGAGAUCUUUAAGAAGAACUUGGAGUUUGUCGAGAGCUUCAACAUGAAACCGAACAUAACGUACAAGUUGGGUGUCAACGAGUUCUCUGAUCUCACCGACGAGGAAUUUCGGACGAGGUACAUGGGGCUAGUGGCUCCCGAGGACUUGACCGGAAUCUCAACGUCGGCGUCGUUUAGAUAUGAGAGUGUCAGCGAAACCGGUGAGAGCAUGGAUUGGAGACAGGAGGGUGCCGUUACAUCCGUAAAGAACCAAGGCCGAUGUGUCCCUCAAAACGACGAGGAAGCAUUGCUAAAAGCAGCGUCUCAACAGCCUAUUUCCGUGGCGAUAGAUGGCUCAGGGCUUGCGUUUAUGCACUACAAGGGCGGGAUAUUUGGCGGAGAGAACUGUUCAACGAAACAGAAUCAUGCGGUUACCAUUGUUGGCUACGGGACGAGCGAAGAAGGAGUUAAGUAUUGGUUGUUGAAGAACUCAUGGGGGGAAUCUUGGGGAGAAAAUGGUUUCAUGAGAAUCAUGAGAGACGUGGAGGCACCCGAAGGAAUGUGUGGUUUGGCCCAAGUUGCUUUCUAUCCACUUGCU